AUCUUUGAGUACCAGCGCAGUCGAGGAGGCCACGCGGUUCUCGAGACUACGGCCGAGAACGAGUCGCACAACGAGCCGGCGAUGAGGAAGCUACGCGAGAUGUACCACGAGACGCACUACGACCUCAUCGAUCACCUUCGUGGAAGCGACGGCCUCACGAAAGCGAUCUACUCCCCGGACAUCGGAGACGCGAUCUGCCGCGCGUACGUCGAGCUACAAGGUGCCGAAGACUUUGCGUACGGCACCGCAUGGGCACUCACGACGGCGAGGGCGGUGAACUAUGUGGACGUGAAGCGAGAUGAGGACGAGUGGCGC